AACAGGAUCUCAGACCCAGCCCCCUCCCGUCUUCCCAACCAUUUCCAUAAUCAUGGCUUCUGACUCCACGGAGCAGCCUGCCGUGCAAACUUUCCCAGCUCGGUGUGGACGGAGGGACGCCUGGUGAGGGCGGCAGAUGUUUAACCCUUGCCCGGAAGAAGGAUCCGAGUCGCCUUUCAAAGAAGAUCCAGUGGUUGGCAGCAGCUCGGCACUGGCUGGGCUUUAACUCUUGGGGGCUUUAUGGAUUGACUCUGCUGCUCCUCCUUUUGGGGAAACACUUUGCCUGUAUCCCUCCUGGGGUCUUCCUUUGCAAUCCUGCCUGUGGUCUUGAGGCUGGGACCUUCAAGCAAAGGUGAGCUCUGGCAUCAUUCAUUACGGCACUGUUCUGCUCCCCAGAAAAGGUGCUCAGGGCUUUUGAGCAAAAGCUGCAGUUUAAAAUCAUAAGUAUCCAGGUAGUGGGACCUGACUUUAGAAUAGCUGUCCUCUUGCUCAUGCCACUGCCCCAUGGCUGCCUCAAUGGCAGGAUCAUGAAGUGUUUGACUUUCUUUCUUCUGCUUCCAGAGACCUUAAAGAAGUCCAAAAAGAGCGUGAGGUCAAACAGCAAGGUGCCAGCAUGCUAUGAGAUAGUGCCCCUCUCCCUGAAGAAGAAGAUGGCUGCAGAGCUUUACCCUGCCAGCGCUAACACCAAUAUUGCAAACAGUAAUAACGCUGCUGCUGCCACCGUCACUGCUGCUGCCAAUAGCAAGAAAAACGCCCUUCAGCUUCAGCAGAGUGCCCAGCCGCCGCCGCCACCACAACUGCAAAACCUGAACAACAACAAUUUGGAGAGCUCCAACUGGCAGUCCUUCCACCCCACCCUGCGGGAGAGGAACGCACUGAUGUUCAAUAACGAACUUAUGGCUGAUGUACAUUUUAUCGUAGGCCCCCUGGGGGCAUCAAAGAAAGUUCCUGCCCACAAGUAUGUUUUGGCAGUUGGUAGCUCUGUCUUCUAUGCUAUGUUUUAUGGUGAUCUUGCAGAGGUCAGAUCUGAAAUCCAUAUACCAGAUGUGGAACCUGCAGCCUUUCUAAUCUUAUUAAAGUAUAUGUAUAGUGAUGAAAUUGACCUGGAAGCUGACACAGUGCUGGCUACUCUGUAUGCUGCCAAGAAGUAUAUCGUCCCAGCCUUAGCAAAGGCUUGCGUCAAUUUUCUGGAGACUAGUUUAGAGGCUAAAAAUGCUUGUGUUCUGCUAUCUCAGAGCAGACUCUUUGAGGAGCCAGAAUUGACGCAGCGCUGCUGGGAAGUAAUUGAUGCUCAAGCAGAAAUGGCAUUGAAGUCAGAAGGCUUCUGUGAAAUUGAUCAACAGACACUAGAGAUCAUUGUAACCAGGGAAGCACUAAACACUAAGGAGGUGGUAGUUUUUGAGGCUGUUCUUAAUUGGGCAGAGGCUGAAUGCAAAAGACAAGGGCUACCAGUUACACCAAGGAACAAGAGGAAUGUAUUAGGAAAAGCUUUAUAUUUGGUGCGAAUUCCAACUAUGACUUUGGAGGAGUUUGCCAAUGGAGCUGCUCAAUCUGACAUCCUUACCCUUGAGGAAACACAUAAUAUAUUCUUAUGGUAUACAGCUGCAAAUAAACCCAAGCUAGAAUUUCCACUGACAAAAAGAAAAGGACUUGUACCUCAAAGAUGCCAUCGAUUUCAAUCAUCUGCAUAUCGUAGUAACCAAUGGAGGUACAGAGGUCGCUGUGACAGUAUCCAAUUUGCUGUAGAUAAAAGGAUAUUCAUAGCAGGACUAGGCUUGUAUGGGUCAAGCUGUGGUAAAGCUGAAUACAGCGUCAAAAUUGAACUUAAGCGUCUAGGAGUUGUUCUUGCUCAAAAUCUGACAAAGUUUACUUCUGAUGGAUCCAGUAAUACUUUCUCUGUGUGGUUUGAACACCCUGUGCAGGUUGAGCAAGACACAUUUUACAACGUAAGUGCCAUUCUUGAUGGCAAUGAACUUAGUUAUUUUGGGCAAGAGGGAAUGACUGAAGUACAAUGUGGAAAAGUAACAUUCCAGUUCCAGUGCUCCUCUGAUAGUACCAACGGAACUGGAGUACAAGGAGGACAAAUACCUGAACUCAUUUUCUAUGCAUGAUGCAUUUUACUUCGACUGUAUUCCAGUACUGCUAUUCACACUAAAGGAUUUCUUUUGAUUACUACAAACCUCUACAGCAGUGUGGAAUGUUAGGCUACUUACCUAUCUACUACAUCAGGCUAUCAAAAUAAGUGAAGGAAUGCUCUUGAAUUUAAUCUUAUUUUAUUUAUUCAUAAGAUAUUUGACUUAAUUAAAACUGCAACAUGCAGAAAAACGUUAAAUUCUGCACGUAAUGUGCAUUUAUUUUGUAUAUAGAUAACUAACUUGCAGACUGCAGCUGACUCAAGCAGGAUGUUCUAAACUAGAUCAGUUUAUGAAUCUGUGAAAUAUAAAACAUUUUUACUUGCCCUAAAA